GCCGCCAUUUCUCGCGCUCUGUCGAAAAAUCUAGCUUUAGAUCACUCUUCUAUUCUCCACAAGGACGAAAAUGGCGGUUUUGGUUCGUUGCCCUUUUGAUUCAAAUCAUUUUAUGUCACCUGAAGCUCUCUUUCUCCAUUCACUUGGUUGCCCAAAUCCUCUUGACCUCACUCAGUUGAAUAAUGUAGAAGCCAUCAAUCAAAAGGCUCAAUUCGACGGCGGGUGCUUUGUUGUUCUUGACAUUGGAUGUGGUGUGUUCGUCGGAGGGAUCGACGAUGAGGACAAGCGUGCUUCUGCUGCAAUGUCAUCUUCAACUCUUCUCCUACCUUCAAAAGCUAUUAGUAAGCCAAAACUGUCCCAAGGUUCAAGGGAUUACACUCUAAAACAUGUGAAGAAGCAACAGUCUCUGUCCCACAGUCCAAAGACAAAAACAUCAGGUUUCACAGUCGCAACCGGGCAAGGAUCUCCAUCAGAUUCGCCUGGAACUAAUCGCUGGUUCAAACCAGAGAUAGAUGCUCCAUCACCAAUACGAUCAAUCCAGAUAGAAGAAAAAGCCAUGAAGGAUCUGCGCCGCUUCUACAGCAGCGUGAAGACAAGAGGGUCAUCGACGAAGCCUCUCAGCUCAUAUCUGCUGCUUUUAGCUGUCGGUGUUACCAAUUUCGCAGUCAAUGGAACCUCCGAGAAAGAUUGGGACUUGGUGAAAGAGAUGGGAGAGACGUAUCCUUCUGUUGUACCUUGCAUCGGACUACAUCCUUGUGAUACCGAUGAAAUUGGAGCUGAAACUGAAAAUUUUCUUGUGGAUGCUAUAGAAUCUUCUGAUUCCCCUCUACUUGGCAACGAAACUGCAGGAGAUGAAAAGUAUUUUGGAAAGAGAAGAAAAAUUGCUUCCUGGAGUAUAGCUCGUGUGUGCAUAGGUGUCCUAGGUCUUGCUUCAGCAGCUUCACCUGAGCGUCUUCCAAUGUUGUUUAUCAUCUUAACCACUUGGGCAAUAACUGCUCUAUGCGUGAGUUUGUUGGGUUCCCUUUUGGCUCAGCCACGAACUCAAAUACCAGUGAAAAGCACAAUAGCUAUUGGUGUGCUUGCUGCUGCGCUCGCAUUUUUCAUGGAUGUUGUACAGUUGUCUGAGAUGGUUUUCCCGGUUCAGUUAGAGACAGUGUUACUAGAAGGAGCAUACAUGCUUCUUUAUGCAAGGCUGGAGCUGCGCUUGGGGAGAAGGAACCUUGAAUGGCCAUAUGAGGCAUCUUUUUUUGGAGAUUUGGACAAACUUCCUGUGUUCUUAGCUCGACAAACUAGUAUACCCGGGGUUGGUAUUGUGGUUGAGCCAUGUGCAGCACUUUUGAUUAUGAUUGUUACGAUACUACUAUGUUUUGGGAUAAAGAAGAGUUCAUUAGUACAAGCAAUCGUAACAUCAGUGAAUGUUUGCAAGUUGGUUUUCAUCAUAGUAGUUGGUGGAUAUUUAGCUUGCAAGACUGGAUGGGUUGGAUAUGAAUUUCCGAGUGGUAGUUAUUGUUGGAUUAGUCCCAUACUAUUCAUUGAAUCCUUAUACUCCUUUCUGCUCUACAUUUGGAGACAGUGGGAUGCAAUAAACAGCCCACGAAUUUUCAUGACAAUGGCUAGGGAUGGAUUGUUGCCGGCUUUCUUUUCAGAAAUUAGCCCACGAACUCAAGUACCAGUGAAAAGCACAAUAGCUAUUGGUGUGCUUGCCGCUGCGCUCGCAUUUUUCAUGGAUGUUGCACAGUUGUCUGAGAUGGUUAGUGUAGGCACUCUAAUGGCAUUCACUGUCUUUGCAGCCUGUGUGCUAGUUCUUAGAUAUGUGCCACCAGAUGGAGUUUCCCUAUCAUCACAUUGGUCACUACUAGAAUCGGUUAUGGUUCUCCCAAACUCAUACAAUGACCAUGGAGCUGCGCUUGGGGAGAAGGAACCUUUGGGUGGCCAUAUGAGGGAUGCUGCAACUGUCAUGCUCUCCGGUCAAGUUGCUGAUGGUUUUGCUACAAUCUUCAUUGGUGAAUUGAUUGAUAGAUUUGGGCAUUUCAAAAUUUGGCAUGCUGCAGGAUCUAUAUUACUUGCUAUCUCAUUUUCUUCGGCUAUCUUCAAUGUAGGAUGGGCUGCUACUCAGGUUUCUCACAUGGCUAUAGUUAAUUGCAUUACAUUGAAUUCAACAAGCAGAGUAGCACUAGCUAACAAGCUCCUUAUCGUUGGAUUGUUUAUUCAUCCAUCACCGUUGGCUGCUGUUUUGUGGUCAUAUGUCUUAUGGGGACAAAGGAACCAAGGCACUUCACCAAAGGUCGAUGUAAACAUCAAACAAUAUUUUUACUUCUCGGUGACAAGAUAUGGGUUAGGACUUGUUCCAGCUCUAUGCUCGCUUGUUGGAGUUGUUGAAACAUAUUUUAUGGAACUCAAUAGCACAAUUCUAAAGCCUCGGUGUCAAUCGCUACUACUAGAAUGAACAGAAGGAAGAUACACAACGCUUCUGGUCUGGUAAAACACAUAUAGCUCAAAACUUGGUUACUAUUUGACAGUGAUAUGUUUCAGUCUGCUAAUUUUUUGUUCAUAAGGAUGUGUUUAUAUCACACGGCGACAUGCAAUACAUUUGUACAAGAAUUACUUAAAGUCAUUAUAAAAUAUUGCCGGUUUUUAUAAUGUUGUCUACUCUUUAAUCGCUUUCUUCACUCAAUUUUCCUUGUCUGAGACCCUGAAGAUGAAUAAAGAAUGAGUCUUUGU